GCGGGUUGUUUCAGCUGUUCGAAACAGCUGGAAUCCGGAGAGAGAAGGGAGACUGGUGCGCGGUGCAGCUCUCCUCAGAACCGAACCGAACCGAACCGAACCGGGCCGGACCGGGCUGCUGCGUCUCGACCUGGAGGGAAACCCUCCCUGCCGUCAGUGACGCGCUUUUCAGGACCGAAACCCCGUGUUGACGUUUCCAGUGACGAGACGCGCUCCCGCAGAACCGCAGUGGAGCCGACUUUACAGCUUGCUGUGUCCCGCCUGCCUCUCCGUGAUGUCACUUUCUGUGGUGCCUGCGCUGCUGUGGUUGGCUGCGCUGUGCUCUCUGCUGCCCCCUGCAGUCACAGCCAAGCGCCAGCCCUGCGAGACCUGCCGUCUCCUCACCGACAGCUUCAACAAGGGUAUCGAGAGGACGUCCAAGAAGAAUUUUGGGGGCGGGAACACGGCCUGGGAGGAGGAGAAACUGGCCAAAUACGAGAAGAGUGAGACCCGGUUAGUGGAGAUCGUGGAGGGCGUGUGUGACAGCUCUGACUUCGACUGCAACCGGCUGCUGGAGCAGAUAGAGGAGCACAUGGAGACCUGGUGGUUUAAGAGGCAGCAGGAGGCACCAGAGCUCUUCCAGUGGCUCUGCAUCGAAACCAUCCAGGUGUGCUGCCCCCCCGAUACCUUCGGAGCAGACUGCACAGCCUGUCCCGGUCAGCCUGGUUCUGUGUGUGGGGGUCUUGGUCGCUGUGACGGGGAGGGCACACGCUCGGGCUCCGGGCAGUGUGUCUGUGACCCUGGGUACCAGGGCAGUCUGUGCCAGGACUGCGCAGACGGGUACUUCAGAGAGGCCAGGGCCAACCAGAGCCAGCUCCAGGGACAGCCUUCGCAACAGGCAGUAUGCACAGCGUGCUUCCACUCGUGUAAGAGGUGCACCGGUCCUGAGGACUACAAGUGUGAGCAGUGCAAGGCAGGCUGGAUCCUGCACGACAACAAGUGUAUCGAUGUUGACGAGUGUGGCUCGGAGCUCGAGCGCUGCCCCAGCAACACAUUCUGCUUCAACACGGACGGCUCCUACGAGUGCAGAGGCUGUGACAAGGCGUGUGUCGGUUGCAUGGGGGGAGGCCCCAGCCGCUGUAAGAAAUGCUCCAUGGGGUACAAAAUGAUUGGGGCCAAGUGUUUAGAUAUCGAUGAGUGCAAUCUGGGGGGUCUCAGCCCCUGUCCAGGUCUCAAUGAGGAGUGUCUGAACGAGCCGGGGGGGUUCCGCUGCAUCUGUGCGGAUGGCUUCGUGCGCAAAGAGAAGAUCUGCGUGGAGAACAUGCCGCCCUUGACCCCUGAGAAAGGUCUGUUUGAGGAUAUCACGGAUGACGAGGUGCUGGUGCUGCAGCAGAUGUUCUUCGGGGUUGUGAUCUGCGCUCUGGCCACGCUGGCGGCCAAGGGGGACAUGGUGUUCACCGCCAUCUUCAUCGGGGGCCUGGCAGCCAUGGCGGGGUACUGGCUGAGCGAGAAGGGGGACAGGCUGCUCGAGGGGUUCCUGAAGGGCCGCUAGAGCGGAGAGACGGGGGGACGGAGGAGACACAGGGGAAAGACACUGCUGAGAUCAGGCUGUUUAAACAAGUGGCAGUCUCGUCCUACAGACAGACACAGAAAAGACACACGGACAUCAACGUAUCUCGUUUGCAGGAGUACCCUGCUGCUCUAUCAGACAGACAGACAGACAGAUAUCUAUGCAUCUUGUUUUCUGGAGUGCCCUGUUGCUGAGGGGAGAAACAGACUGAGAGACAGAUAGACAAGCUACGUUCGUUGCUCACAGAAGACUUAAGUGUUGUUCUGAGCAGGUCUACCUGCAUUUUCCUGGACCCCUUCCAUUCAGUUGUGCCCCCCUCCCCCAGGAAUAAUGGUCCAGACGUCACUUCCUGGGAAUCCCCAGUAUAUUCCUGUUUGUUUUUGUGUGGACAGAGCUCCCUCGUUCUGUCUCCGUCUGACUUUACACAUCACCAAGCUGUGAGGACGGUGAAUCAGUGAAGGACCGUCAUGCAUGAAAAUAUAGGACUUGAAUAAUUCACUGUUAACUCGAUUUGGCAAAAUCAUCAAAAUGUAAAAUAGUCUAAAUAUCUGCAUGCAUGUAACCAGUUCUAGAAGAGUUUUUGGAACUUUUGUCAGGCAGAUUAUCUUUUAGUAUUUAUUUAAGUGUAAACUGCUUCAGGUGUUGUUUUAAUUGCAUUUUAAUUUAUUUAAAUCGCUUUUUUUAAUUUAUUUUUAUUUUUUUAAUUGCUCCCAAUGUUGAAUUGUCUUAGUCUGCCUUUUUACAUGGCUUUUAAAAUUGCUUUGAGCUUGAAUCCUAAGAGCCGGGCGCUUCCUCAUUCCAUGCAGGUCAUGUGACGGUGUGAUGCUGCCGACGUGUCCUCCGGGACUGGCUGUCACAUGACUUGAAUGGAAUGGGGAAGGUUGCUCCGCGCCCGGCUCUUCGGAUUCUCCAGGCAAGCUCAAAGCAGUUAAAAUGAGAAGCUAUUUCCUCUCUAAGCUUUAAGAACCAGAGGCUCUGAAACAUGGCUUUCCUGCCUGAACUGAAUACCUGUCCAGGUACAUCAGUGUGUGUACAAAAAACCCAACACGAUCACAAUGUGAGUGUCCUGCGUGUCUCCUGACACCCUGCUGGGGUUACAUCAGGUACCUGUUAGAUCAAUGGGGGUGAGUUCAGAGAGUCUGCAAAGGGUGUGCUGCCAUUCAUACAGACCUCCACUGACGUCCGCAGUAAGAAGUUCUGUUGUAAUGUCCAGUCAGCCCUGUCUCUUGUAUCAUUAAUUUAUACAGUUGGCCCAGCCUCUUAUGUCAGUUCAUAUGAACAGUCAGCCUUGUUUGUUGUAUAAGUUAAUAUCCUGGGUUUUUUAUAGAAUUUUGAUCAGUCGGCAGUACCGUACCGCUGCACUAGACGAUAAAAGACUGGAAUGUUGAAAUGCGAUGUUUUGAUUGGCAGAAGGCAGCUCCACAACUAGAGGAUUCAUUACAGGAUAACUACAGCACGCGGGUUAGUUGUUGGGGUGUCUCUCCUGUGUGAAAUACUAUUAGAAUCCUGAUGCAAUUCACAUGGAUUCCCAUGCUUGUUAUUUUAAAGAUGUGAAAUGUUAUAUCAAUACUGUACGAAUUGCACUGCUUUUAAUUAAUACAAAAAAUAAAAACUUAACGGUU